AUGAGUGGAGCAGGGAAGGUGGUGUGUGUAACAGGAGCAUCCGGUUACAUAGCUUCAUGGCUGCUCAAGCUUUUGCUUCAACGUGGCUACACCGUCAAAGCCUCCGUUCGCGACCUCAACGAUCCGAAGAAAACAGAGCACUUGGUGUCACUUGAGGGAGCAAAGGAAAGGCUUCAUUUGUAUAAAGCAAAUUUAUUGGAAGAAGGAUCCUUUGAUUCUGUUGUUGAUGGCUGUGAAUGUGUUUUCCAUACAGCUUCCCCUGUUAAUCUCUCACCCACUGACCCACAGGCAGAACUGAUUGAGCCUGCAGUGAAGGGAACACUAAAUGUCCUGAGGUCAUGCACAAAGGCCCCUUCACUAAAGAAGGUUGUUUUACCAUCUUCCAUGGCUGCUGUUUUGCUUAGCGGGAAACCAUUGAUCCCAGAUGUUGUUGUUGACGAGACAUGGUUUUCUGAUCCAGAUAUCUGUGAGAAAACAAAGAUUUGGCCGUAUGUUAUCUCAAAGACAUUAGCAGAGGAGGCUGCUUGGAAGUUUGCAAAAGAAAAUGGGAUUGAUUUGGUUGUAAUAAAUCCAGGAAUGGCUAUUGGCCCUUUGUUACAGCCAACUCUUAAUUUCGGUACGGAGACGAUUCUAACUCAAAUUAACGCUCACCCAUUCCCAAAUGAAAUCUCUAUGAUUGUUGAUAUUAGAGAUGUUGGAAUGGCACAUAUUCAAGCAUUUGAAGUCGUUUCAGCUAGUGGAAGAUAUUGUUUAGUUGGACAUGUUUUGCACAUUUCUGAGGUUCUUAACAUUUUAAGACAAAUCUUCCCCACCCUAAGCAUUCCUGAAAAAUGUGAAGAUGACAAACCUCUCAUGCCAACCUACCAAAUUUCGAAGGAGAAAGCAAAAGGUUUGGCAAUUAAUUUCACCCCUUUGGAAGUGAGUCUGAGGGACACUGUUGAAAGCCUCAAGGAGAAGGGUUUUCUCAGCUUUUAAUUUAUG